GGGAAUUUUUUGGGAACUGUUGGAGGUUUUGAGUUUUAUGAGUUUCCUUCGCUAGAAAGGUUGGCAAUGGUUUCUGAACAAGAGCUAAGAGCUGCUGGUUUUGGUUACAGGGCUAAAUAUAUUGUUGGUACUGUGGAAGCUCUGAAAUCAAAGCCUGGUGGAGGUGCGGAGUGGCUUGCUGCACUUCGCAAAGUAGAUCUUCCUGAGGCCAUUGUUUCUCUGUGCUCUCUACCUGGUGUUGGUCCUAAGGUUGCAGCAUGUAUUUCUCUCUUCUCUUUAGAUCAGCACCAUGCUAUUCCUGUUGAUACUCAUGUGUGGAAGGUUAGCUAUCAAGGGAUUUAUAUUUUCUUGUUGUUUAAGAGAUCACGUCUUCUGACAUAUGAGUUUUCCUUUGAUUCCACAGAAGAUAUGAGAUAUGUUCUCUCCCUUUUAUAAACAUUUCAAAUUAAGAGGAACCUAAAGAAGAUUAUUAUUAUUAUUAUUGUAGUAGUUGUUGUUGUUCCUUUUGAA